GAGAAGGAGUGGGCCCCACUUUACUUUUCAGUCGAACGAGAAACGGAUGAAACUUUAGAGAAAGAGAGAAGGAGAGAGACUUUUCUUUUAUUUCCAUAUUUGUCCUCUCUCUUCCACGCCCAAUUCCCCCUCAGAAUCCCAUUCUCUACCGCCCACCUGAGCUUCACCCAGACCCAAACCCAAACCCAAACCCAACCCCAUAACCCGGCAAAAUGGUAUCCGACUCGGAGCUAAUCGCGCGGCUCCGGGAGUUUCUCCGGAGCUCGGACCUCAACACGACGACCACCGGCACCGUGCGUCGGCGGCUCGAGGAAGAUUUCGGCGUGGAUUUGACGGAAAAAAAGGCCUUCAUAAGGGAACAGGUGGACCUGUUCCUCCAGAGCGAGCACGAGGAAGCCGAGGAGGUCGGCGAAGCUGAAGAAGAUGAUCGGACGGCGACGGCCGAACCGCAGGAAACCGACGGCUCUGGUUCCAAGAACGAAGAUGAUGAUGAAGAAGAAGAAGAAGAGAUUGAAGAAACGAGUAAUGGGAAGGGUAAACGACGGUCUAACAAGCUUAGUCCUGAGGUAAAGAAAAGAGGGGGUGGUUUCAAUAAAUUAUGUAGCCUUUCUCCACAACUUCAGGAAUUCCUUGGGGAGCCUGAAAUGGCAAGGACUGAGGUUGUCAAGCAAUUGUGGGCCUACAUUAGAGAGAAAAAUUUGCAAGACCCCAAAAAUAGGCGAAAUAUAAACUGUGAUGAACCAUUGCGUGCCCUUUUCCGUGUUGAUUCCAUCAACAUGUUCCAAAUGAAUAAGGUCUUAUCAAAGCAUAUUUGGCCGUUGGAUUCAGAUGAUGUUUUGCCCGUCAAGUCAACACAGAAGGAAAAACCGCAGAAGCAAGAAAGAGAAGAAGAUCCAGAUGAGCCAAAAAGGAAGGAAAAAAGGCAGAAGGGCGGGAAAUCUGGUUUUCUUGCUCCUCUUCAACUCUCAGACGCCCUAGUGAAAUUCUUUGGUACUGGGGAAAGUGAAUUAUCACGGGCUGGUGCAGUAAAAAGAAUGUGGGAGUACAUAAAGCAAAACAACCUCCAGGAUCCAUCCGACAAGAGGAGAAUACUAUGUGAUGAGAAGCUGAAAGAACUCUUUGACGUUGACUCCUUUACUGGCUUCACUGUUUCAAAACUCCUAGCUGCUCAUUUCAUCAAAGCAGAACAGUGAGUCACUUGCACAGUUCUUGUCAAACCCAAUGGAAUGGAAGUUUUGCUACUACGUUUAGUUUAGCUUUUCAGUGUUUUGUUUGUUGGUUCUUUUGUGUAUCUUUUUGUACGGCCCACAAACAGGGAAAAUAUAAAAUUUUAAAAAAAGAAAAAGGAAAAAAAAAAUUAAAUCAUUUUCUCUGGCAUUUCGUAUUACAUUUUCAUGUCUUGCUUAGCUGCUGGAUUACUGUAAGUCUUAGUAUUUUUCGUUUCUUUGAUAUCUCCGCCUUGCACUUCCAGUAGAGUUACAAAGGUCAAAGAGGAAGCCUAAAUAUAGUAGUAUAAUAAUAUGAUUUGCAAGAAAUGUGGGGCAUUAUUGAUGUUGAAGAUGCACUUGAUUGGACGGUCAAGUUCAGCCAAUGGACACAUGCAAAGCGUCUAUGGACAAGUGAAGACUUGUCAGAGCUUGUCAACAGGGAAAACUCUUUGAUACUUAAAUUUGCUUACUUAAAUUAGCAAAGGGAGCAUAGUAUGGCACUCAGGGUUUUGUGAGAUUUAGUGUAUGAGCAUGGGUGUACUUAUAAUGGUUAUAUGACCUCUUAUGUAGAGAGUUUCAUUGCUGGAUUUUUCACAUCGGAUUAUGUGGUCAUUAAUGGAUUAUGGCUUUAGUUA